AUCAUCCGGUUCUUCGAUUUGCAGAGCCAUGGAAGCAGAAGCUGUGGUAGCCAUGGUGCCAAGCCCAGGUAUGGGACAUUUGAUUCCAAUGAUUCAGUUCGCCAAGAGACUCUGCCGUCACCACAACCUCCGCAUCACUUUCUUAAUACCCACCAACGCUCCUCCUUCUCAGGCCCAGACCACCAUCCUCACCUCCCUCCCAUCUCUCAUCUCCCACGUCUUCCUUCCAACGGUCACACUCACUGACAUUCCACCCAACGCCAAAAUGGAGACUAUAAUCUCUGUUACAGUCCUCCGCUCUCUCCUUUAUCUCCGCCACGCCCUCCUCUCUCUCUCCGCCACCCACCGGGUGACAGCUCUACUCCUCGACUUCUUCGGUACCGACGCCUUCGACCUCGCCAGAGAACUAAACGUGUCCCCUUACGUCUUCUUUCCUUCCACCGCCAUGGUUUUGUCUUUGGCCUUGAACGUCCCUCGCCUGGACCAAGACGUUCACUUCCGGGACUUCUCCAAGCCUGUCCACCUCCCCGGCUGCCUUCCAGUUCAUCGAAAGGACUUGGGGGAUGCGUUUGAGGACCGGGAUGACGAUGCCUACAAAUGGGUUCUCCACCACGGCAAACGCUACAGGUUAGCAGAAGGGUUCCUGGAGAAUAGCUUCCGUGAUCUUGAACCGGACACCAUAGACUUGCUGCUGAAGGACGAACCGGGUAGGCCACCGGUUUAUCUGGUCGGACCGCUGGUAAAAGAGGAUGAUGCCGGAAGCGAAGCUAACAUGGUCGAACAGUGUUUGUGUUUGAAGUGGUUGGAUGCGCAGCCACAUGGGAGUGUGAUAUUGGUGUGUUUUGGAAGCGGUGGUAGCCUGUCCAGAGAUCAGAUGGAGGAACUUGCUUUGGGGUUGGAGAUGAGUGAGCAGAGGUUUGUGUGGGCGGUGAAGUCCCCCAACGAGGAAGUUGCCAAUGCUUCUUAUUUCAGUGAGGAUACCGGUGUCCACCUUUUUGAUUUCCUGCCACAAGGAUUCGUGGAGAGAACCAAAGGAAGAGGCUUGGUGGUACCGUCUUGGAUCCCACAGGCCCAGGUGCUGAGCCACCCCUCCAUCGGAGGGUUUGUGACCCACUGUGGUUGGAACUCGAUUCUUGAGAGUGUGGUGAAUGGUGUGCCAUUGGUGGCUUGGCCACUCUACGCUGAGCAGAAGAUGAAUGCCGUUUUGGUAACUGAAGGCAUGAAAGUGGCAGCGAGAGUGGUGAUCGGUGAGAAUGGGUUGGCGGAAAGAGGAGAAAUUGCGAGGGUAGUGAAGAUGGUGUUGGAAGGUGAGGAAGGGAAGAAGCUACUUCACCGAAUGAAGCAGCUGAAGGAGGCCGCCGCCACAGCUCUGAGGGACGGUGGCUCUUCGUCAACCCAAAUUUCUGAAUUGGCUCUCAAGUGGAAAGCCCAAACGAAAGUGUAUUAUUGAAACAAGUUGUUGCAUGCUUUCGUGGAAAAUUGAAAUAAGUUGCAUUCUUUCUUGUC